GUUAGGCUGCAUCGCAUUAGUGCCCCAACGACCUGCAUGUUUAAUGCUGGAAUUUGGCAAGCCUGCAAAUAAUAUUGAACAACGGUGUAUGUAUCUGUGCUCGCGCGCGUGUGCCGGUCUGCGCGUGCAUGUACGUCGUCCCCUCUUGUGAAGGAGUUGGGAUUUGAAAGUUGGAGCUGCCAGGGAACCCAGUGUGUUGUGACGGUGAAACAUUCGUGGCAGUGUGCGGGUUGCGGGUUGGUGUUUUGAUAAGGUGAGGGGAAGUGAAUGAAGGCGAAGGUGCGACCUCUAGACCCCCUGGACACCUCUGACUGUCUCUCGGUGUGAUGGAUGCAGAGGUGGUUCUGCAGGAAGAGGACAUGGAGGGCUCGUGGACGCUGCUGUCCUGGGCGGCGUCCUGCCUCAUGGUGUUCGGGGGAGCCCUGCCUUAUGUGCCACAGUACCAGGAGAUCCAGAGGAGCAGCAGCAGCGAGGGCUUCUCCACCAGAGUCUGCCUAGUGCUGCUCAUAGCCAACAUCCUGCGCAUCUUCUUCUGGAUAGGGAAGCAGUUUGAGCUCACCCUGCUGCUCCAGAGUGUGGUGAUGAUUCUCACCAUGUUUGCCAUGCUCCACCUCUGCUGCACGGUCCAAAACACCAACCGAGUGAGCACCAAGCAACACCGACUUUCAGAAUUGGACUUUCGCUAUUUCUGGAAGUGGAGCGUGUUUGAGGACUACCUGCUCUUUUGCUUCGGCUUCACCGUGCUGUGUGCAGUGGUCACCCUACUGCUGCUGGACUCUGCUGUGUUUGUGGAGACGCUGGGUUCCCUGGCCGUGAUGUUUGAAGCCAUGUUGGGCCUCCCGCAGCUGCUGCAAAACUUCCACAACCACUCCACCAAAGGCAUGAGUGUGAAGAUGGUGCUGCUGUGGAUGGCCGGUGACGUCUUCAAGACCACCUACUUUGUGAUGAACGAAAGCCCAACUCAGUUCUGGGUUUGCGGUUCAGUCCAGAUCCUAAUCGACGUGGCCAUCCUGCUGCAGGUCCUUUUCUACAGCCAAGACACACGGGCCAAGCUAGGUUGAACAUGGCUGUUGCUUUGGGCAAAGUAAAAACCAGGGCUUGUAUGUUUGAACGAGUCUGAUAAUGUAAGGCUUUUUAAUAAUAUCAGCUACAAAGUUGUUGGAAUUAUCAUGGGAGACAUGUAGCAUCAAGAUCAUGGAGAAAACCAAAGUCAAUAUAGAUUUUUUUGUGUUCAGCUUUGAUUCAAAGUAUUCUGUCAUAUGGGUAUCAUGCAGACCCAAACAAUUUACCUUCAAGUGCAAUUAAGCAAACUGUUUUAGCCUUGAACAAACUACCUAGCAUUUUCAGUCAAGCACUAAUAACAAAGCAGUAUUUUGGUGCAUUUUUAGCAUUUUAUACUAUUUAUUUGUUGUCCUUUGAACAUUACUUAGAUCCUGAAGUGUAGUGGAAAUGGGAAAACAUUACUUACAUUAGCAGCUCGCUAACAGCAGAUAUGUGCUGGUGAAAUGGCAGCUGUAACAACCGGUAGCCCUGCACUGGAAUCUACUGCCUGACUGAUGAGUCUCCCACUUCACACUCCACACCUCACUGGACUCUCAUAGUACAUAGUGUGUGUGUGUGUGUGUGUGUGUGUGUGUGUGUGUGUGUGUGUGUGUGUGUGUGUGUGUGUGUGUGUGUGUGUGUGUGUGUGUGUGUGUGUGUGUGUGUGUGUGGCAUGCUUGCUGGUGUGUCUGUACAGCUGAAAUUGAUUUUUGCCAUUGGCAUCCAGUGCCAAGCCAAGGCCACAGAACGUACACCAAGUAAUGUUAACUACAUAGGACAUUAAUCUGUGUGUCAUACUGUGUGUGGUUUAAUUGACAAGCAAUGCGGGUCUUCCACUACGCAAAUGAAAAACAAUGAAAAAAUGUGGCCAUGCUGCAAUGCUUUGCACCGUACUUAAGUCACAAAAUCUUUUGUAGACACCAACGAACACAUCAGACUUCAGGUCAAAAUAUGUAAGUUAAUGUAACAGUAUUACUGAAGAUUUGUGGCAUUGUCAUUUUUAUCACACAUGUCAUUGUCCCAGUACUUGUUUUUAAUAUCCCAUCAUCUGCUGAGUGUGAUGUCUUUUUGCACUCUUGUUCUUUGAGACAGUAACAAUGAAAGAAUGAUAAUCAUAAGCACCGUAAAUAAGUAAUAGUUAAAUCAACAUGCUCAGCAAGAAUAUUACAGUAUAUUUUAUCUUGAUCUCUUAUUGAACACAUUUAGCGUUACCACUCAUAAGAAAGAAAUACUUUACUUGAAAAUAUAUUUGUGUUUCCAAGUUCUAACAAGGUGAGAAUUGGUUUAGUGCUAAAAGAAAUUUACUUUUAGGGACUGCAUGAAAAUUAUUGGUGUGGGAAGGGGGGCUACAUAAUGUUUCACCUUUUGAAAAAGGAAGACCCUCCCCAGCUUUAUUAAUAUUUUCUUUGGAUUUCUAUGCAACAAUAUCUCAAAGUAAUAUUGAACAAUAUUGAAUUGGUACAACUUGUUAAUUUUAAAUAACAGGUUCUUACUACUGCCACUGAGUGACCUGGGCACAGGAGGUGUAUUUAUUAAGAAAAAUAAAUAGCAAUUGGAUCAGAUGAUGUUGUAACUUAUGUAUAAGGUCAGUUGUAUUCAGUCAGUUGACUAUCCAUCAUAUAACCAACACAAUGCCUGAGUUGCAUAAACCUGAUGUAGCUAUUUAUGUAAUUAUUGUUUAUAUCAAGGGACGACUAAAGUAAAAUACCACCCACUGCCUUCCCAGAAAGUCAAACUACCCCUCCUUUAGCCAAAUUAAAACUUAGCAUACCCCUUUUCUGACCCUCCCUUACCCCCAAAUAAUUCCAGUACAGUCCCUUAGAUUAAAAAAUUUAGUUUCCCUUUCAUAGCAUGUUUAGUAAUACCUAGAGCGGCGAUCUAAAGUAGUAAACAAACUUUAAAGCAUCUUCAUUCAGCCAGAAAUGCCCCAUUAAACAGAGGACAGUUUAUGUAAUGCAUGCCAUUACAAAAACAUUAAAACCUUAUUCAUCCAUUCCAGCCUUCCAAAAUGCAAAAAAAAUCCCAAAUAUUUUAUUCAGAAGUUGUUUUUAUAAUCAAAACAGUAAUUUAACAAUAUAUAGUCCCAAGGAAAGGUGUGGUUCUUUCAUCUGUUUCUGUUUCCUCUUACAACAGCACUGCAGAAUCAAACAAAUCAGUACCAGCAGUGGAUCAGUAGUCAGUGCAGGUUUCUUUUUACUUCCCCCUAGACAUGAUUUAAUUAAGUAAUAAAGCUACUGUACCUGAUAAUUAAGUCUUCCAGUCACCUUUUAACUUAGUAGCCAGUUUGUCUGUUAAUCCAUACCUGUCUGUUUUUAGUUUCUCCUCAGUAAACAUCUUGUUUAAAUUACACACUGUAGUGGGUAUGGUUUGCAUCAUGCAGGCAAACCUUCCUGUAGCUGCCAGUAUGCCUCAGCCAGAGGAUAACAUUUGUAAAGAUUUCAGUGUAUUUCAGUAGUAUCCUCAGGGUCAGCAUGUAAAAUAUAUAUAUAUGAAAGAGAAUUUAGAUACAAUUCUGAAUUGGGUUUUUAUAAUCUGACAAUGCACAAGAUCCUUCUAAAUAUAACAGUGACUGAGUAUCAUGUCAAGUAUUGCCUCUGCUUUGAUCAGGUUGUUGAGGUUUUGAUUAUUAAUCAUUGGAUUAAAGCAAUAGUUUGACAUUUGUCGAAAUGCGCUUUUUUGCUUUUCUGCAGAAAGAUAGAUGAGAAGAUUGAUACCACUUUCAUGUUUGCACGGUAAAUAUGAAGCUACAGCCAGCAGCUGGUUAACUUAGCUUAGCAUAAAGACUGGAAAUGGGGAAACAGCUAGCCUGUCUCUGUCCAAUGGUAACAAAAUACACCUAUCAGCACCUUUCUGCUGGUUGACAGAGACUGCAGGAAGUUACUGGUCCCGGCUAAGAAAUAGUGCAGUUUUUGUACGAAUUAAACAAACAAGAUAUAAUGUGAUAAUUUGUGAGCUUUAGAAGUGCAGGUGGGUGGAUUUUGUUAAGUUUGAAGAAAGUGAGUAAGCGUAUUUCCCAAAAUGUCAAACUAUAGCUUUAAUCAUUUAAUUGAAAGUUAUAUUAUCAAUCAUUGUAAGGCAUUAUAAGGUCACAGGCCAAAAGGAUCUAAAAGGAGAAGCACUCCCUUCUGUUUUUGUAUAUGUGUAUCAAUUGAUGUCAUCUAUAUGUGCAUGUAGGUGUACAUAACAAACUUUACUCAUAUGGAAUGUUGGAAUAUCUUGGCAUUAUGUGUUUGAUGGAUGCACCUCACUGUGCCACAUUAUGUAUGAGUCUAUGCUUCCAUAAAUGCUUCUCUGCUGGUGCUGUAAUACAUGUCAUAUAUUCUGGGGAUCAGUCAAAAUUCUAUCUAUAGAAGUGCCCUGGUUGCUGAUACUGCAAGCUGUCAGCUUUGUUGUUCUGUGACCUUCCAUUGUGUAAUUUGCUCCAUGUGGGUGUACAUGCAUUCUGCGAUUCUAGUUAUCUUACAUUACAUCUGUUAGCCAUAUUGUAAACUGUAUGUCUUAUGUCCUGUACCCUGCAUACCUCAGUUGUAUUGCAGUUGCAUUACUUUUGUAUUCUAUAUGCUCUUAUCACCUGAUGUGUAUCUUUAUAUUAUGUCUCUCAGUAGAGGCUCAGAAUGGCAACCUCGCUGGUUCCCUGUAGCCUUUUCUUCUCAAGGGCAGUAGGACAGAUUAGCACACACACACUGCAUGGUUUUGAUAAUCCCUCGACCAAGUCCAUUACAGUAAACUUCCAUGUUGCCAUACCACUUCAGCACUGAUAAGAAAUAGGUGGUUUGUCAUUUCUUAGGAGGGAGAGGGUUGGACUGUUACUUACCAGAUUCAAGAUAUAUAUUUCAUGUGUAUCAUGAAACAAUUUAUUAAUGAUCAGUUAAAAACAGAAAGACAGAAGCCAUUAAAGGAUUUGUGUUACUGUUUUAAUGUUCACUUGUGUUUCUUUAGGUAAUGUAUUUGCAGGAUCUCUAAAGCCAAAGGUUCAACCAAAAGUAAUUGUUGCUGUUAAAGUAUUUUAAAGUGUACCAGAGUAGGUAUGUGACAGUAUACACAUAGUGACAUUACAUAUGGAAAUUGUAUGUAUGUGAAAUAUUUAUUGUGUUAUUUUCUCAAAUAUAAACUAUUUAUAUUUCA